AUGCCAACAGAAUUGUCACAAAUGAGGCCACGGAGAAGAAAAACAUCAUUAUCUUGGGUUCAAUAUCGUCGAAUAAUCAACAUGUUUGUGCCCAACAACCAGCCUGUUGUUGUCGUGGCAAACGAGAUGGAGAUCAUGUGGCCAUUUUAUAUUCACUAUGUGAAUUGGACUCUUAACCAAGUAGAAUCUUCCCCGCGGCAGCAAAUUCCACCACCUAUUGUUGCCUCUUCUCCUCGAAGAAACAAGUACAAGUCGGAAACAUCUUCGAUUGAAACGACCACAAGUGUGUAUACCUCGCAACAACCUCAAGUAGAAAGAAGUCAUAUGUCAAGCGACACAUCAACUAGGUCGGUAAAGAAGAAGAAGACGAGCUUAAAGAAAUUAAUGAAGCAUCUAAUAGGCAUCGUGGCUGAAUUAACUUCUAAAAUUGACUCCAAACCAAAAUUAAAGAAAUCACCAAACCAAGGAAAAAACAAAGCAGUGGAGUGUCCCGAAAAAACAAAUAAAGAAAUUGUGAAUGAAGACAUUGGUGAUGUUUCAAAUCAUCGACUUUUAGAUAGUCUUCAUGCUACUAGUACGUUGGGUUUUUGGAAAGAAUGGAAUACGACCUCUUAA